AGCCUUUCCCUCGGAAACAAGGGAAAACAGUUCUACUGGAGAUGAGCAAGCAAGUGCUUCAAACGCUUCCGUUGGCGAAAGGGAAGGACAUCCACAACCGCACGGCAAAGCUAGCCUUGUACAAGGAAUGUCUCGCACUGGCCUACCUGGUGCGCGACCAACUGGUGCGGGAGCACACACUUCGCGAGGUGCGCGAGAAGUGGUUUGAGCACCGCGGGGAUGGCGGUCACACCCUGCAGCUGCAAGUGGCGAGCUGCCUCGACCGCAUCUCGUACGGACGCAUGUGCCACUCCAAGGCACGGCAGCGUCUUCUGCCCAACGCCAGCGAGACGUACGACUGGGGGAUUGUGAACCCGAUGGAAAACCACGAGAAGCUUAUCCGCCGUCGCGAGGAGCGGCAGAGCCCUGACGCAUUCAAUCACAGUCGAGGCAACCGCGACUUUGUGCCUGUGUCGAACUGGGGCUACGGCAACAUGGACCCCGACGCGGUGGCGAAGCAUAAGGAGCUGACGGACCGGCAGCACUUCAUUGGGCCGCAUUGGCGCGACCGGCCAAAGCCGAUGGUGCUGGAGGACCUGAGUUUUGAGGAGGAGCUCUACGUUCACUUUCAAGCAAAACCGAAGAUGCGCAAGACCCCCAAGAAACACUUUUAG